CUCGUGCCACCAUUCGGGGUAUUGAGGCACGUACGACGACUUUGGGGUCCAUUUCGAGGGCGCCCUUCGCUUUAACCUUCUCGAUCUUUGGAGAGCUCAUGACCAGAGGGACUGUUGCUGGCAUCUGCCUGGUCUUCCCAGUCGUACUCGCCGUCAGGUGCGAUAGGCAGGGCUCGCUUGGCCAAGAAUUCCGCAUCUGCGCCAAGCUGGAAGACUUGCAGCGGAGUGAUGCUCGGUGCAGGAGCAGGUUUAGCAGCCGUCGGGGUGGCCAUGGCGAGCACCAAUACUGUCAGGGAAAGAUGGGUACGAAUUAGGGCUGCCUGAUCUGGACACGGAAAUCAAGCUCUGUGUGGUAACGAUACACAUAAUUCGCCUGCUUUGCGCCGCUGACGUGAAGCAUGGGAGCGUCAGUUCGAAGCGGCAUGAAGUGACAGGGUCUAUUCAAGCACAUACCCAUAGUUAUCCGGGGCCGAUUCGGGUCUCGCUCAAAAUUGGGGUCUAUACGCGUCUCAAUUGCCGAGUCCCACUAGGCCGCAACCCGACUGCGAGUUGGAGCCUUCGCCCUCCCGUAUUCUGCAUCCGAGGCAGUAGACCACGAACGGGUGCAUAUCGAUCACUGGCGGGCCGGCCUCGGCCGGCCAGACUCACAAACUGAUUCUGUGAUCAUUCAUCCUGUCUAACCGAGCACCCCAUUUCAUUCGCUUGUUAUUCAAGAUUGGCAGAAAUUCCGUGCGUUCUCCUUGUCUCGAUCUCUGAGAGGUGAAAGGAUGCUGAUAGUUUGCCUCAAUUAACGAGGGGAUCCGGGAAGUGUGGAUUCCGGGGGGGCCAUAACGCCUGUGGCGCUCAGAGAUGGGAGCUAGGAGCAGCUAAACUUCUAGUGACAUGUGACCGAUCCCACGUCAAUCACGACUCCUUCCGUCACACGUCUUCUUGCAUGUGUUUGUAAUGGUCCUCGCAAUCCAUCUCUUGUCCAUCUCACAUGCAUAUUCCCAUCCGUGUCUUUCCGCCCACCUUCGUGCCCCCCGUCACCGCAUUUACUCCGCCCGUUCUCGGCUCCUAGGUCGCUUCCACGUCCCAGUCGGCAUCUUGCACAUGAUCUGCGCAGACUGAAAUAGCCUAGCGUGUAUUGGGUGCUGAGUUCUUCUCAUCUACGCCCAGGAUACCCUCCCCCCCUCCCCUUGCCUGUCUUGUUCAGCUACGACGAUGGCGCACACGCGGUCCGAAACCGACGCGACAGCCAUCAACAGUCCUCCGGCCACGCUGCGCUCUCCGCCGCCUAACCUCCCCACGAUGUCUGGUCUCCAACAGACAACCUCGUCCCCACUGAAUUCUCCGACAUCGACCAUGCCGAUCAAUACCAACCCACCCUUGCCCGGAGUGAUACCCCCAGAGCAUCCGUACCGCACACUGGUUCUCUGCUUCGAUGGCACCGGGGACCAGUUCGAUGCUGACAACUCGAACAUCAUCCAGUUCUUCACGCUGCUGCCCAAGGCUGACAGGACGCGGCAGAUGGUUUACUAUCAAGCCGGCAUCGGCACCUACACCACGCCCCAAAUCGCGACACCCAUGAUGUCGAAGUUCUCAAAGAUCCUUGAUGAGAUGAUUGCCUGGAACCUCGACGCACACGUGAUGGGCGGAUACGAGUUCCUCAUGCAAAACUACACCGCCAACGACCGGAUCUGCAUCUUUGGGUUCUCCCGCGGUGCCUAUACUGCCCGCAGUCUCGCCGGGAUGCUGCAUAAGGUCGGUCUGCUCCCGGCAUGCAACCACCAACAGAUACCCUUUGCGUACAAGAUGUUCACGCGUGCAGAUGAGAUCGGCUGGAAGCAGUCGAAUCUGUUCAAGAAGGCAUUUUCGAUUGACGUAGAUAUCGAGUUCAUCGGGGUGUGGGAUACGGUGAACUCGGUGGGACUGAUUCCGAAACGCCUGCCGUUCACGACUUCGAACACGAUCGUGCGCACGUUCCGGCACGCUCUGUCGCUCGACGAGCGGCGCGCCAAGUUUAAGGCUAAUCUUUGGAACCGGCCGAACGACACAGAGGCUGCGUUGAGCAUCACCGACCAGCAAGUGAACGAUCCAGUCCCUGGCGAUGCGAAGCAGCCCACGGUGAAUGGCAAUGGAAGCCACGCGCAUCACACGAACUCGAAGAAACCUACGAACCGCCAGAUGGAGCUCCGCUACUCCAGGGAUCGAAAUCAGCCGACGGAUGUGCAAGAGGUCUGGUUCUCGGGGUGCCACUGCGAUGUCGGAGGCGGCUCCGUGUCCAACGAUACGCGGCACAGUCUCGCGCGCAUUCCCCUUCGCUGGAUGAUCCGCGAGUGCUUCCGCACGAACAGCGGGAUCAUGUUCGACGUCGAAGGCCUGCGCCAGCUGGGCCUGGACCCGGACGGGCUGUACCCCUACGUCAAACCGCGCCCGCCGGCGCUGAGCGGGGCGGACCUGCGCAUCCGCGCCAUCGAGCCCACUGGGGCCCCCAGUGCACACUUGGAGAACUAUGCCACCGGCGAGUCGUCCCUGGGGCCCAAGGUGCUGAGCGAGGAGGAGGAAGACCUGCAGGACGCGCUGUCGCCGGUGUACGACCAGCUGUCUCUCGCGCGAUUCUGGUGGGCGCUCGAGUUCCUGCCGAUCAAGCAGCGGUACCAGCGGGGAAAUAACACGUGGGCUUCCGAGCUGGGCAUGAACUUCGGCCGCGGGAGAUUCAUCCCGAAGCAGAAGGCGCAUGGUGUCAAGGUGCACCGGAGUGUCAAGACGAGACUGGAGGCGACGAUGAGUGACGGCAAGACGAAGUACGUGUCCAAGGCCAAGUUUGAUCUUGACCGGACGACGUGGAUGGACUGAAUGGCCGUUUGCCUGUUAUAUUCCUACCCAGUGUUUUCUUUUUGUAUGUAAUCGCCAACGGACCACGAUAUGGUAAAAUUGCAUUCUGCCACCCUGAGACACCCCCACAUGGUUCCUGAACAGAAAGAUUUUAUGUGGCCCUGAGUAACUUAUUGGGAUGAGGGUCCACAAAGCUUAGCCAAUCGGGGGUUGAAUUCAUACAGCAAAUGCAUCGCCGAUGAGUUCAAAUAAAUGACGAGAAAAGUCCUAAUGUUGCAGGUAAGGAGCUGCUUUCAUGAUCGCCACAAGUACAAUACAGUCAGUCUAGGUCUACACAAUUGGCACCAAGAAAUUGUGGAUGUCUAGCACAGUCACACCGAGUCCGAACAUCCCUCAAGUGGGAUGGAUAUUGCUCGAGGCAGAAGCUGCCUCCAUCGCGGUCCCAUCCUCCGAGCCCUCUUCCGCUACAGGCUGCAGACCAAUCACGGGCCCGCCAUCCGUGCCUAUCCCAUCUGAUUCGAUAUCAACUGUGGGCUGGAGGACCCCGCCGCCGACCAGAGCGUCCGCGACCCAGCGCAUGCCGUCACGGCUCAUGAGUCCGCGCCACGGCCCGCACAGUCCGACCUCGUCUGCAUCCCAGUCCUGCUCGGGCAGGUCAUGCCAGCGCAUCACCGUCCGAUGCACGGGUGUAUACGCACUGAUCCAGAGUGCGGGAUCGGCGACGUCGAGGGUCGGGUCGUGGUAGUGUUCGUCGCCUGCGUCUUCUUGGAUGCACACAGCGACGCCGAGCGCAAACGCGUCGAGCGCAAAAGUCUUUGGAGCUGAGAUAAGCACACAACCGCCGCUGUGGUCUUUGAGGAAGGCGCGCCCAGCAAGCAAUUGUGACGGAGCAAGGGUGGGGAUGCCAUCGUCAUCCAGUGUGGGGAGUGGGAGACGGAAUACCAUCAGCUUCUCCGAUACACCGUCGUCAUUUGUGCAGGAAGAGAUGGAGGGCGACGAAGAUGAAGACGAUGGUAGAGGCGGAGGUGAACGGAGGGGUGACGUCGGCGGCGUCGAAAAUCCAGAAGACAAGGAUGACGCAGAGGAUGACGGUGAUCGUCCCGAACGAGAGUCAAUGGCCGAUAACGACGACGAAGACCCCGAUGCAGACGGGGAUUCGCCAUCCUUAGCGUCUGCACUAUAGCAUAUACGCACCACUGCGUCAAACGAUUCCAUCUGUACCGCCAUCUCUUUCUCUCUCUCCCCAUCGCUUUCACGACGCUCCCAUGUGUGCUCGAGCAGCGUCAAGAACACACCAGACCGCCCAAGUUGCUGCAGUCUCUCAGCGGAGCCCCCUUCGCUCUUCACCUUGCCGUGCUUCUUCCUCGCUAUGUGCGAUCCGGCGCACAACGGCACCGCAGGCGCGGGGUGCCAGCCCUCGCGCGUGAGUGCGUAUGAUAUGCGGUGCAGACUCGGCAGCUGGAUGCCUGACAUUUGGAGCGGUGCGGGUAGAGGGAUGGAAGCCACUGCAGCCGUGGGCAGCGUGGGUAUCCCAGCAGCAGCCGCACGGGGGCCUCGUGUCGAGUCGGAUUUGAAUUUGGAUUUCGACGUGGAUGAGGAUGUCGAGGACGACGAUGCGCUCGACACGGAUUGAGCCCGCGGUGGUAGGGGAACCCGCGCCGGCCGGCGUGGGAGGUUCGAUACAUGCGGUUGUAGAGGGCCCUUUGGGGCUAGUCCGCGGGCAAGUCGGAUCGGCGGGGAGGGGGGUGUCAGGAGUGGGCUGGCAGAUGCGCAGGAGGAUUGAGGCCGCGUGGAAAUCGACAUCGCUGCGCCUUUGUCUACUGGAAGAGAGGAAGAUGGUGGAGGGAGGGGAAACGAUAACCCUACACGCGAAGAAAAAAUUGAUGGGCAAGAUGAUUGGUAACACACUUGGGGAGACACCACGCCUGAACCCGUCCCGUCGAGCACGUUCACCGCCUGUCGAGGUACACCUUGUGAGGCGAGGCCUUUGAGGUGAUGAAUGAGCGAUAUUAGCGAGCCCCGCAAAAAGGUUGAUCUUUCCAUCGCUCCCCGCUCGUCUCCGCACUGCAGCAUGCGGCUGUCGACUCUCCUCACGAGUACGUCAUGUAAGUGACAUAGUGGUAGGUCACUCGUCGCAAUACCGGACGGCUCCACAACGAUCCGGAAGCGGCUAUCCACCGUUCGACAUAUUCCUCCAGCUCAGUAGGAGAGGGUUGCUCAAUGCUGCAGUGCUUGACCUCGAGCAAGGUCCGAAGCACGUGAAUCUCAGGCUGCGCUUGUUUGACAGAUAGCGGUGCAGACGAACUCAAGGUUCAGAUGAGAUUACGAUUGGGUAAAUAAGUCAACUUCAUGGACUUUUCUGGAACAAGUCCGGAACAACAGAAGAGAACAACAGUUGUGGACUGAUCAUUGUGGAGAGCAUUGUACCUGAAGACAGCAUUAUCGCAGAAAACAAGAUGUUCCUGCUCUGAAGUCACUACUUGUAACAAGAGAAUAAGGAGGUAUCGUAGCGGGAUUAAGUCGCUGACCUUGAUCGUUCUGGCCAUAGCCUUCUU